AUGGUGUACCCCGGAAGGCCUAGUACUGGCUGUCAGACAUGCCGCUCCAGACGCAUCAAAUGCGAUGAGACGCGCCCCCAUUGCAAUGCCUGCACUCGCUCAGGCCGAGUGUGCCCGGGGUAUCCGCACCCACUAGACGUGGUGUUGCGACCUCAGAAAGCAUUCAACCGCAGGAGUGGAAAUACAGCGAGUGCUUCAACCGCGCAAUCCCUCCCCAAACGUGACGAGGUAGAUGCGAGGCCAGAUCCAAGUUCAAGUUCAAAUUCACCUAGUUCUGAGCUUUCACCUCAACCAUUCUACCCCGUGACAUCGGGUCCCAUCAUCUCUCCGCAGGUUCCUGGUGGUCUGUACCUGCCCAUGGAAGAGACAGUAACCGCUUUGUUCUUCAAUUCGUACAUUUACACACCUAGAGACCCGUUAAUACGAGCGGGCUCGAUGGAAUUCCUUCCCCAGUUAUAUGGGGCUGCUCCGUUUGGUUCGGCCUUGCGCAUGAGCUCACUGGCAGUGGCUUAUUUUGGAGUUGCCGCCUGGACUCGACAGGAGAGCUUGCUCCGGUCUGCGCAGCAGUGUUUUGGAAAGGCACUAUCUCUUACUCGCCUUGCGCUGCAGGGCAAUAUUGAACAAAACUAUGAUGAUAUUUUAAUGACGUUGAUGCUGCUUUAUAUUUAUGAAGAAUUUAUUUCUAUCAAAGAGAACAAGCCUUCGCCUAAACACCAUUUGCGAGGCGCGAUUGCUCUGAUAAACACCUGUAGACCAGAACGGCGAUCCUCGGCUUUAUCGGACACGCUGACCAAUGCAAUCCAAGGAGAGAUCGUAUUUUCUGCCAUCGAUGGAUCUUUGCCGUUGCUUCGAACACCCGAAGUCUGGCCAUUUUCACCUUGCAUUCCGGAGUUGGCGUCUUCGCGACUGAUGACGAUCUCUACAGCUUUGGUAAACUUGCGAGAGCGCUGGAUGAAAUUCUCUGCUUGCGCAGAUGUAACGAACCUGGACGAAGUUGAGACUCUUCUUUCCGACGCCCGCAAUAUCGAUGACCAGUUUAUAGCCUGGACUCAAUCCUUACCCAAACACUGGGAGCCGAUCCGCGCCACAUUCCUGCCUCAGUCUGUCCGGGAAGCGGGUGCUUACCAGGGCCGGUGCGACUGCUAUGUUGACCUCUGGGUUGCAGAGACAUGGGACAACUACCGCACCUUUAGACUCACGGUGCUAAACAUCAUAUUCCGCUGCUUAUGCCUAUUGCCUAGUCGCGUGGAGGAUUUGGAAUCUACUAUAGCCACUAUUCGUACCCUUGCGACGGACAUCUGUGCAAGCGUGCCGUUUUACCUGGGCAGCCAAACGGGAUCCAUGCAGAUUACCGACGAGCGGGUCCAGUAUCCUUCGGCGACAGGGGAAGCAAAACAAUCGCCUCAACACAUGGCACCCUUUGUAGGAGGAUGGUUUAUCAGACCUUCUUUGGAGAGCCUCUGCUCAAUGGAGAACCUACCGGAGGAUAUGGUAGACUGGGCUAAGGGGCAGGUGCUGCGGAUUCAUCGCAUAUAUACGACGGGACUUAUACAGCAUUGA